UUUCAUAGUAACAAAUCAUAUAAUUUUCAUAUUCCUAAUAAUAUUAAUGAUCUUAAUAAAUCAAGUAGUAAGAAAAUUAGUACUUCAGAAAUAAAUAGCAUAUUUAAAGUUAGCAGCAAAAUGUUAUCCAAUAUAAUUAAAAGAAACUCAAAAAAUGGUAUUCAAAAUGAUUUUAAGAUUGAAACAAUGCAACAGCAAAUAAAGAAACUUCAUAUCAAUGAUGAUGACGAAGAUAAAGUUCAUAACAAUCCUAACCUUCAUUCAGAUGAACAAGACGAAUUGGAACUUCCUGACAAUAUUUAGAUACGGAUGA